CAAGCAUUGCCGGUGUUUGAUGUUCAGUGAUAUGUAAUACUCGUUAAUGAACGAUAGUGUAGGCAGUAAAAAGAUUAAAAUAAUAAACAAUGGUUAAUUCAAAGGAUAUUGAUGAUAUUAAUGCUGCAAUUAUUGCUCUGUUGAGAGUUCAAAAAAAUCAAACAAUCCCAAUAAUAAAGAUUGACCGGAGAUAUUAUGAAGAAACCGGAGCACGCAUUCCAUACAAGAAAUUAGGAUUCCUAAACCUCGUUGAUUAUUUUAAGACUGUGCCUGGUGUUGAAGUAAUUACAGUGGAUAAUGUUAAUUACGUAAAUGUUAUGGGAAUAAAAAAUUCACAACACAAUUGUGAUCAUCAAACUAAUCAAGAAAAAUCUGUAACUCCAAUAAAUUCAUAUGGAUCUAUCAAAAAAACUUAUAAAAAUGUUCCACAAUGUAUUCUUUCUAUUUUGGAAAAAUCAUCAAGAGGUUUAUCAAAGACAAAAUUGAUAAGAGAAUUGAGACUUAAUUAUUGUCUUAAUGAAUCAACUAAAAGUCUUAAUUAUCAUUUAAAGACUCUUCGUAAGAUGAUUACAAUGAAAAAUGGAUUGAUUUAUGCUAAAGCAGAAGAUGAUAUUGAAUCUCCACCAAGUGUUCCUGUUGGCUCUCAGAAACAAUUAUGUUUGGAUGAUGUUGUUACCACAACAACCACUGAUUAUCAGUCAGUUGGAGAAAUAUUAGUUACUGAUUUAAAGAUGAAUAAUAAUGGUAAAAUUGGAAUUAAUUUAAUUGAAGUAGAGGUUGUUGAAAGCUACUCACCAUCAUUUUUCUGGAUUCAUUUGUUGAAAAAUAAAAAACAAUUCCACAUAAUGAUGACAACUCUAGGAGAAUUUUAUGCGUUACAUUAUCCAGACCAGAAGGUUCCAAUUGCUAAGCUCAAACGGGGAUUAAAUAUUGCUUGUUUAUUUGACGGAAAAUGGCAUAGAGCGGUGAUUAAAAGUAUUGAUCCUAAUGACAAAGUGACAGUAAUGUUCUAUGACUUUGGUACUCUAUACAAGUGUCUAUCUAAUGAAGUAUAUUAUCUUCAUCAGUCAUUUAUGGAUCUUCCAGCUCAAGCUGUUCCAUGUAGAUUGUAUGGUGUUGCUCCUCAGGAUGGUGAUAAAUGGCCCAAAAGAGUUCGAGAUUUUUUUAAUCAGUGGGUUUAUGAGAGACCGCUAUGGGCUAACAUAAUUGAAGCAGACGUUAAGAAAAAAUCAAUAUCAGUUACUCUAGUGGAUACCUCAGAGAAUGAUGACUUUAUCAUCAACGACUGGUUGAUUCAUAAUAAAAUGGCAAAAGUGAAACGAGUGGGCUGUGUUGAUCCAGAAGAUUUAAACCUAUAUGUUUAUGAAUUUAGUGAAUAUUAUAUCGAUGAGGAUGGAGAGUAUGAGACAGUAAUUCCAACAACUCGUUAUCCAGAAUCCAAUAGUGGACCUAUUUUAUCUAUGAGCAGUUCACCUAAAAGUGUUGGUUCUUUAAACAACAAACUUGAACUACAUGAUUAUGAUUGGAAAGCAUUCAAAGCUCAAGUGCGAAAAAAGAUUGAUGAAUUCAUUGUGUUAACUUUAAAAAUGUUUGAUGAAUUUAUGAAAAAGAAUAUGGAGUCAAAUGCUGAUGGAAUCAUUCAAAACUUUAUUGGUGAAUCAUUAACUGAUUCAAUAAUGGAGAUCUUGUUUUCUUUUCUUGAUUUAGAUCUUCAAGCACAAUUUUCAAAUGCCUCAGUUGUUUCUUCGAAUGAGUCUAUUGCUGAUAUAGAUGAUGAACGAUCACAUACAGUUAAUAAGUCUGCUGAAGAAUCAUCAUCAUUUGAUAAUAUCUCCAAUUUAAUAUCUAAAGUUAGAAACAAAGUAACAAUACGAAGUCAUCCAGACACAUUAGUUCAAAAAGCAGUCUCAAAAUUUUUCAAAAGUAGAAUUAUUAAUAAGUCAGAAAAUUCGAGUUCAUUUGCAGAAAGUAUUAUGAAUAUAAAUCCGUUUGAACCAGAUUUUUUUAUCAAUGAUAAGUUGAAAAAGAGUGAAACUGAACCACCACCGUUACCUCCUAGACCAUUUAAUAACUCGUCAAAUCAUUGGAAUCCUUUCCUAUGAUCAAAGUGAUGACAACGAGCUAUAAUCUGUGUUUAAAAAAUCAAACAUAUCCAUUUAUGUUUUUAAAUAUUUAUUAAUUUUUAAUAACAUUUUUAUAAUGAGUGCUAAUCAUGGUUAAU